UCGCACGCUCUGCAUCACUUGCGCCUGUCGACUUGAUCGCUCUCGCCCCGCACCUCUCUCACACGCAUACAGAAACACAGAAUGCCUCCUCGUCUCCUGGAACCGAGCAACCCCGCGCACGGACAGCUCUCAGCACAACUCAGCAAACGUAAUAAAAGACAAGCCAGCGAGUUGAGAAAGACUCUGAAACCUUUGAUGGAGAAACGAAGACGUGCGCGAAUCAACGACAGUCUGAAUAAACUAAAGACUCUAAUCCUGCCUCUCAUUGGCAAAGAUAGUCCACGAUACUCCAAAUUGGAAAAGGCCGACAUCCUGGAAAUGACAGUUCGAUUUCUGCACAAUUUGCCGAAGUCCCCAGUUCACGAUCACCUGGAUAGCUAUCGCGAAGGAUACCGGGCGUGCCUCCUACAAUUAACUAGCCUGCUCCCGUCUUCAAAACUCAUGGGAACGGAACUGUGCAAUAGCCUGACAGAUUAUCUGGAGAGGUGCAUGGACUUGUCCUUGGUUUCCUACUAUUCGUAUUCACACGGCAGGGCCCCGACCUGCCCGGAGGAACCACGGUGCUCGGUCCAAUCCAACCCCAACGAAAGAGCAGCGGAUCUUGCUCCUUCCUCGCCUGGAGUCAGCCCUCGCCAGCAAGCCACCGCAACUUACCAGGACAGAUCUAUCUGGAGGCCUUGGUUAUCGGCGUGAACACAUGAAUUAUAAGGACUAUUGAUGUGUAUAAAAUACUGUAUAGACUUAACUGUAACAAAGUGUAAAUUUGUAAUAGCUUUGCGUUACAUUUCGUUUUGCUGUCAGUUGCACAGUUUCUAUUCAAAACAGAAACUUUCGUUUACAUGCACCCGACUGAAGGUCGACACACGAGGGGCACUUUGCAAUGCGAGCAUGCCAUUUAUUUUUGUGUAAUGGGGGCCGGGUAUAUUGUACAUGAGGGUUCAAAGGUGACAUAAUGGUGUUUAAUGGUUGGAUGCAAGGGAUUUCUGCAAAUGAACCGAAAUAGAAAAUCAA